AUGGCAGCAGGUGUGGCCACGUGGCUGCCGUUUGCGAGGGCGGCCGCGGUGGGCUGGUUGCCCUUGGCCCAGCAGCCCCUGCCCCCUGCGCCUGGGGUGAAGGCAUCUCGAGGGGAUGAGGUUCUGGUGGUGAACGUGAGCGGACGGCGCUUUGAGACCUGGAAGAACACUCUGGACCGUUACCCAGACACCCUGCUGGGUAGUUCUGAAAAGGAAUUCUUCUAUGACGCUGAUUCCGGCGAGUACUUCUUCGAUCGCGAUCCAGACAUGUUCCGUCAUGUUCUGAACUUCUACCGCACGGGUAGGCUGCACUGCCCGCGGCAGGAGUGUAUCCAGGCCUUCGAUGAGGAGCUGGCUUUCUACGGUUUGGUGCCUGAGCUCGUGGGUGACUGUUGCCUCGAAGAGUACCGGGACCGCAAGAAAGAGAACGCCGAGCGCCUGGCGGAGGACGAGGAAGCCGAGCAGGCCGGGGAAGGCCCAGCCCUGCCUGCCGGCAGCUCCUUGCGGCAGCGGCUCUGGCGGGCCUUCGAGAACCCACACACGAGCACAGCGGCGCUCGUUUUCUACUAUGUGACCGGCUUUUUCAUUGCCGUGUCGGUCAUCGCCAAUGUGGUCGAGACCAUCCCGUGCCGCGGCCCCGCGCGGCGGCCCCCGAGGGAGCAGCCCUGUGGCGACCGCUUCCCACUGGCCUUUUUCUGCAUGGACACGGCCUGUGUGCUCAUAUUCACGGGUGAAUACCUCCUGCGGCUGUUUGCCGCCCCCAGCCGCUGCCGCUUCCUGCGGAGCGUAAUGAGCCUUAUCGAUGUCGUGGCCAUCCUGCCCUACUACAUCGGGCUUUUCGUGCCCAAGAACGAGGAUGUCUCAGGCGCCUUUGUUACCCUGCGUGUGUUCCGGGUGUUCCGCAUCUUCAAGUUUUCCAGGCACUCACAGGGCUUGCGGAUUCUGGGCUACACACUCAAGAGCUGUGCCUCUGAGCUGGGCUUUCUCCUCUUUUCCCUUACCAUGGCCAUCAUCAUCUUCGCCACUGUCAUGUUUUAUGCCGAGAAAGGCACAAACAAGACCAACUUUACUAGCAUCCCUGCGGCAUUCUGGUAUACCAUUGUCACCAUGACUACGCUUGGCUACGGAGACAUGGUGCCCAGCACCAUUGCUGGCAAGAUUUUUGGAUCCAUCUGCUCCCUCAGUGGCGUCCUGGUUAUUGCACUGCCUGUGCCAGUCAUUGUGUCCAACUUUAGCCGCAUCUACCACCAGAACCAGCGUGCUGACAAGCGCCGAGCACAGCAGAAGGUGCGUUUGGCAAGGAUCCGGUUGGCAAAGAGUGGUACCACCAAUGCCUUCCUGCAGUACAAGCAGAACGGGUGCCUUGAGGACAGUAGCAGUGUGGAUGAACAGGCGCUGUGUGUCAGGAACCGUUCUGCUUUCGAGCAACAACAUCACCACCUCCUGCACUGUCUGGAGAAGACAACGUGCCACGAGUUCACAGAUGAGCUGACCUUCAGUGAGGCUGUGGGCGCCGACUCACUGGGGGGCUGCACCAGCCGCAGCACCUCUGUGUCCUCCCAGCCGGCGGGACCCGGCAGCCUGCUGUCCUCCUGCUGCCCCCGCAGGGCCAAGCGCCGUGCCAUUCGCCUUGCCAACUCCACUGCCUCAGUCAGUCGUGGCAGCAUGCAGGAGCUGGACACACUGGCAGGGCUGCGGAGGAGUCCUGCCCCUCAGAGUCGUUCAAGCCUCAAUGCCAAGCCCCAUGACUGCCUUGACCUGAACUGCGACAGCCGGGACUUCGUGGCUGCCAUCAUCAGUAUCCCCACCCCUCCUGCCAACACCCCAGAUGAAAGUCAGCCUUCCUCCCCUGGUGAUGGCGGUGGGGCCAGCAGCACCCUCAGGAACUCCAGCGUGGGUACCCCCUGCCUCCUCCCGGAGACUGUCAAGAUCUCUUCCCUCAGGCCUCCUGCAUGCUCCUCUUCUGUGUCCCAGGCUCCCACCUGACAUCUGAGCUCUGGCCUGAGGAGGAGAGGUGAGACUCCCUCUUCUCUCUGGCUGGGCUGUGGAGGUUUGGGGGUUCAGAGAAGAGAACCUUCACCUCUGUUCUGGCCUCUAGGGGAGGUCCCCACCCUCCACCAAGCCCGACAACUCCCCGAUUCUGAAGCUCGGAAUGCAACCACAGGCUUCAUGGGCUGUGGCCUCAGCAGUGACCCGCCACCCCCCACUCCUCGCCUUGACUCAGGGGUCAGGCUGCCUCUUCCAAUACACACAGAUAGCACAAGUUCCAUUCCCCUUUCCUGGCUGCUGGAAAUGGGUCCCUGCAACCCCGUCCUCCACUGGGCCUCCAGCAAACUCUAGCAAUAGCAGCUGCUGCCGUGACAUUAUGCAAAGCCUCUGCCCAGUUUGCUGCAGCAUUUACAUCUGCCCUAAUCAGAGGGGCCACCUCUAAGUACUACUCCUCUCUUCUCUGGUUUGCUUCCUUCCUGGGUUGGGCUGGAGCCUGGACUGACUGAGAUAAGAGCCUAGCAGCCAGCGAGAGCUGGGCUGUAUUUGGAGAUCAUAGGCUGAUUCCAUGUUCUUGGGCAGGAGUCCAGAAGCAUCAGGGGCUGAGGCCUGGGUUGUUCCUGAACUCUGGGAGUUGUAGGAAGCAGAAGGGACUUCUUGAUCUCCUCCUCCUCCUCCCCCACAAUGCCUUUUCACAUAUUCCUCUCUCUUUUCCCUCUUGGGUCACCUUCCGGAACUCUGUAUCUGCUCUUGGGCUGAAAUCUGGCAUCAUCUCAGGUUCCCUGUCCCCAGCACUGUCCCCAUGGAACUGGUGGCUGACAAAG